CCCGCCUGCCUGCCGGGAGCCACCCAGUAAGCGCCUCUGAGAUUGGGCGAGCGGCGGCGGCCCAGGCCGGGUCAGAGGGCUCGGGGCAGGCCGUCCCGCUGGCCAAGCGUGCCCUGCUCCGGUAAUUCCCCGCCUCCCGGCUCUGCAUUCUCGCUGGCCUCCUCUUUCCUGGGAAGAUGUUCCUGGUGGGCCUGACAGGGGGCAUCGCCUCAGGCAAGAGCUCGGUGAUCCAGGUAUUCCAGCAGCUGGGCUGUGCUGUGGUUGACGUUGACGUCAUCGCCCGGCAGGUCGUCCAGCCAGGAUACCCUGCCCACCGGCGCAUUGUGGAGGCUUUUGGCACUGAGGUCUUGCUGGAGAAUGGUAACAUCAAUCGCAAGGUCCUGGGGGACCUGAUCUUCAACCAGCCCGACCGGCGGCAUCUACUCAACACCAUCACGCACCCUGAGAUCCGCAAGGAAAUGAUGAAGGAGACCUUCAAGUACUUCCUCCGAGGAUACCGCUAUGUGAUUCUGGAUAUCCCCCUGCUGUUUGAGACCAAGAAGCUGCUCAAGUACAUGAAGCACACAGUGGUGGUGUACUGUGACCGGGACACACAGCUGGCACGGCUGAUGCGGCGGAACGGCCUGAACCGCGAGGACGCGGAGGCCCGGAUCAAGGCCCAGCUGCCCCUGAAGGACAAGCCGGCCGCUCCCAGCGCAGGAGGCCCCAGGCCUCCAUCCCCUCAGAGGCUGAAGCAGGUAACAAAGGCAUCCUGCUUCCUCUGGAGCCCUCAGCACGCACGCCCUCUGAAUCUGGGCUGAGCCCUGCACCGGCCCAACCCUUCUUUGGAGUGCAUCCCUUCUGAGGCAGAGAAACAGCCCUCUGUCAGUAGAUUCUCCUCCUCACCUUCCCUCGGGCCCCUCCCGCUGUACCGCCUACCGAAUGGAAUCCACGAUGGGCCAUGAAAGCAACCAUAGGAAACUGUGUAAAUUUCUUGGGGGUGCAGGUGAGAGGCACUCUGUCUGGGGCCAUCGGCACUGUUGAAGCUGGGAGGUUCCCUGGGGCCUGAGCCCUCUCCAAGCACACGCCCCAUCAUGACUUAAACCUGCUCCGCAGACCAGGGAAGUAGUUCUGGACCAAGGGCCGCCACCUUCAGACAGGAUUCUCCCUGAGGUUGAAGCCCUCGGCCAGAAUGCGGUGACGACUCCCUUGUGGGUAAUGCUAGGCCCCUCAUGGGAUGAUGCACUGCCCCAUCCUGGCAUUUCUCCAGCAUGCCCCCCCCCCAGGCUCACCAUCUGCCACCCGUCUGCCACCCACUCCGUGUAGUCCUCACGCACCAGGCUGUUUCUUGCCUCCGUGCCUUCUCUGUGCUGUUCCCUUACCUAAAAUACCUUUUGUUUCUCUGCAGCAGGAUGACUCCCAGCUCAAGCACCAUGUGAAGCCCCAGGCUGGGUCAGGGGCUCUGGGAGAGCCUGUAAAGUUUUUUUACUUUAAUCCACAGAAUCGUAAUCUGCCAAAAGCUGAUUGGUCUCUCCUACUAGACUGUAAGCCGUUAGAGGGUAGGGACUGCGUCUCAUUCAUCUCUGUGUUUCCGGCGCAGAGGCUGAAUUGCUAUGGGUGCUUAAUAAAGUGUGUUGAUCUGAA